AUGGAAAGGACAGUGCAGAAUUCUGCUGAUGAACAACAUCCCGGAUCGGUUUCUGUUUCCAGCAGCACUAAGAAAGGCGGAUGGGUCACCUUUCCUUUUAUGAUAGCAACUAUAACUGGAAUAUCACUUGCUUUUGGAGGAUUAGUUAGCAAUCUGAUUGUGUAUCUGAUUCAAGAGUUCAACAUUAAGAGCAUCAGGGCUGCUAAAAUCUACAAUGUGUUUAAUGGAUUUGCUACCAUUUUGCCAGUCGCUUUCGCCAUCAUUGCUGACUCCUUUCUGGGCUGUUACUCUGUCAUCUGGUUUUCUUCUCUCAUUUCAUCCCUGGGGCUGUUACUCAUAGUCUUGACCGCAGCAUUUAACAAGUUGAGGCCUCCACACUGCGAAACUGGAUCAAAUCUCUGCAGUGACCCGUCACAUGUGCAACUUGCGGUUCUGUAUAUAGGAUUGGCGCUGGCGGCUCUAGGGAUGGCAGGAACUCGCUUCACUGUCGGACCAAUGGGAGCAUAUCAGUUAGACAAACCAAAACAUCAGACUAUUUUCUUCAACUGGUACAUAUUCGCGAUGUACAUAUCCACCGCUAUAAGCUCUACCGUGAUUUUAUAUGUUGAGGAGAGUGUGAGCUGGGCAUGGGGGUUUGGCAUUUGCCUUGCAGCAAAUAUAUUCGGCUUAGCAAUAUUCUUAGCAGGCAGUGGUCUUUAUCGUCGUCUCAAGCCGGAAGGGAGUCCUUUUGUUGUUUUAGCCCGCGUUAUAGUUGCAGCAAUCAAAAAACGACAUAUGAAGCUUUCGCUGAAGCCAGAAGACUACUGUCAAGGUCCUGAUGCAGCUGACUCUAAGGAGGAUAAGGAUAUCAUUCCCUCUAAGUUCUUCAGGUUCUUAAACCGUGCAGCGCUGAAAGCAGAAGGAGACAUCAAAGCAGACUAUUCGAUCAGGCCUUGGAGGUUGUGUAAAGUUCAAGAUGUAGAAGAUCUCAAAGGCCUAAUCAAAAUCCUACCACUAUGGUCAACCGGAUUUUUUCUAUCCACCCCACUUGUAAUGCAAACAAGUCUAACAGUCCUUCAGGCUCUCGUAAUGGAUCGACAUUUUGGAAGUACUAAAGUCUCAAUACCAGCUGGUUCCAUCUGGGUGUCUAGCCUGAUAUCCACCUGCAUUACAGUAUUCUUGCUCGAUAGAUUCCUUUACCCCUUGUGGGAUAAGUACACUCGUCGACCUAUAAAACCUCUUCAGCGAGUUGGGAUCGGCCAUGUCAUUGACAUAAUCAGCAUGGCCGCUCUAGCUUUGGUGGAGGCCAAGAGACUAAAGAUUGUGAGACAGCAUCACCUUCAAGAUCAGGAUAACGCGAUCGUGCCAAUGUCGGCCUUUUGGCUCGUGGUACCAUUCGCCAUUGCUGGCAUCGGAGAAGCAUUCUUUUUCCCUGCUCAAGUAGCAUUCUAUUUCCAAGAGUUUCCAACAUCACUGAAGAGCACAUCCACUGCAUUUGUAGCUUUGUAUAUGGGUAUUGCCUACUAUAUAAGCAACGGCGUGAUUGAUCUUGUUCGAAGGACAACCGGGUGGUUGCCGGACGACAUCAACAAAGGAAGAUUGGAUAAUGUGUAUUGGUUGGUCUGUAUCCUAGCAAGCAUCAACUUUUGUUAUUUCCUAGUGUGUGCUUCAUUGUACAAAUAUCGGGAUCCCGAGAAGGAUACCGAUGAUAUUAGUGAUUGA